AUGAGACUCCUCUCGCUCGUUCUUGCUACCUUCGCUGCCACUGCUGUCCAGGCAGACAUUACGCCGUGGUGCCAUCUUCCUGGUCAGGGUUGCUACAUGCUUAAGCGCGCUGCUGAUGCCUCGGAUGAGGUCAGACGUUCAGCCAGUGCCGUCGCUGAGGCUGUUGCGGAAGCCUUCCCGCAGACUCCGUGGUGCCAUCUUCCCGGUCAGGGUUGCGCCAAGGCGAAGAGAGCCGCCGAGGCAGCUGAAGAGGUGAAGCGCUCUGCCGAUGCCUUUGCUGAAGCCAUGGCUGCUUUUGAGAAGGAAUAG